AUGCUAGCUUCUGCAAAAAUCAUCGGUGCUGGACUGGCAACCAUAGGUAUAGCUGGAGCUGGAGUAGGAGUUGGGAUAGUAUUUGCUUCCCUUAUUAUUUCUACAGCUAGAAACCCUUCACUUCGUCCUCAACUCUUCUCUUAUGCUGUGCUCGGUUUCGCCCUCACCGAAGCUUUGGCUCUCUUCUGUAUAAUGAUCGCAUUUCUUCUCCUUUAUGCCCGCUUAGUAAUGAGAAGACUUGGGGAGCAGAAAGUAGCUCAUCCUUUAAACAUGAAAAUAUGGAAGUCUAAAAACUUGGAGAAGCCCCUGCCCGUUGGCUCUAUUAAUGGCUACGAAACCCCGACCACGACGAACUUAGGGGUAAUGUAUGGCGCUGAAGCAACCAAAGCCCUCAAAGUAUCUAUUUUUACGACGACAAAGCCUAUUUUUAAAUUAAUUACCCCGGAUGUAAAGUCUCUUAGUGAUAUCUGA